AACGUGACGUCAUAUCCGCAUGCAUUGCCGUAAAGAAUGGGCGGUACACAAUCGAAACUCGCACCGAACAAGGAUGGCGAUUCCGACAUAAAUGAACCACUUGUCUCGAACAAGUUCGAAUUGAAAACAAAUAAAAAAGAUGGUUCCAAAAACUAUAAAAUUAAAUCGUCGUUUACGGAGACGGAAAAUCUUAUCUCAAACAAUGGGAGCCCAGCAAAACCAAAACCAGCGCGAUGCAAGUUCUUUAAGCUGGUUAACCGUUCUUACGACGUCGAUGCAAAUUGGUCAGACGGCCCGGCAGAUAAUAUUGCCACGAAAGAUUUAGAGCUACUACCGGAAGUUGAAUUACCGAAGCUGGAUUCGAUGCGUUACACGCGGCACUUGGCAGACGACACUUGCAGAGGGAAAUGGAAACAGGCGGGGGACGCUGGGUGUUUAUCUACAGAUGUGAUCAAAAAAACAAAGCAUUAUAACCAAGGCGAGGGCUUCAAUGUAGAACUGGACGACCAUCGACCACCAAGCGUUCAUACGCCACUCCGAUUCUUGGUGAAUAAAUCUCACGACUUCAGAAUCAAUGACUACACGUGUCAAGAGAAAUGCAUGAUGGCCGAAAUAAUGCGGCAAAACAUCCUGGACGAACGCGUUGCCAAGGCGGCCAUCUGUGACCAGAGGCGCGAGGAGGCCGCUCUCAGACGACAGCAGUUGCUGGCAGAGGAAAAAGAGCGCCAAAACCAGAAAAUGAAGAACGCACAUCCGGCGGCAGCGGAACAAGAAAGGAGGUUACAAAUUCUGACGCAGAAUACGAAAAGGGCCCGCGUGGCAGCGUUGAAAAAGAAUCCAAACAUAUAAACAACGUAGUAAACAAUAUGGUUGAACUCAAAGUUUUUCUGCUAACAAUCAUAACCAUAGCAAAUGUAAACAAUCUUGGUUCUUCAAGCGACGUCAGUUGGAUUUGUGAGACCUUAGUGGGGUUUUCAAGGAAAACAAUCACAUCACUAAUAUUGUGUUUGUAAGCUUAAAACUACACGGUAUUACAUUUAUGUUUCUGAAAUGGA